AUGCCAUAUAGCAAUCCUCAAGCUUCAACUGCAAGUCUCGAAGGUGAAGCUCUUUCACUAAUUGAUAGUGAAGGCAAUAGCCGUAGACGCGGAUCUUCUUUGGGGUUCGCAAGUGGCUUGAUCUCAAAUUUAUCUAAUUUGAUCAGACCUGUUCCCAUCAGCUCCUCUCAACCAAUGGACAGUUCGCCAACUAUGGUUCGCCCUAUUUCACAAGAUGAAGCAGCUGUUAGUGCCUCAGAAGUUGAACUUUUGGGGCUACUUCAGUUAAAUUCCUCCUCUAGCCAACAGCCACUACCCCAGCCAGAGCCUGAGUCUAAGAAACUUCAUUCGAUCAGAUUAACACCUUUUGUUGAUCACACCACAACAGCCCCCGCACUAUAUUUUGGUUCUGUAAUUAGAAAAAUCAAGCCAAAUCAUCAAAUAUCCAUAGGAAGAUACACAGAGAAGUCAAGAGAUGCAGCCCAUGCUCCACAAGGGUCAAGUGCCAGCGUGGUUUUCAAAUCGAAAGUUGUCAGCAGAUCUCAUGCCCAGUUCACAGUCGAUUCGUCUGGCAAUUGGUAUAUCAAAGAUUUAAAGAGUUCCUCUGGUACGUUUUUGAAUAAUCAGCGACUAGCACCAGCUAAUACCGAAUCUCCUUUAUUCAGGUUACAAGAUGGUGACAUCUUACAGCUUGGUAUCGAUUUUCGUGGGGGCACCGAGGAAACGUUUAGGUGUGUCAAGAUGAGAGUAGAACUCAAUAAGUCAUGGUCCCGUAGGGCUGCAAAGUUUUCCAAAGAGUCAUACAGACGUCUCCAGCAACUUUCGGCUCCGGGCAGGUCCACGCCAGAGGAUGGUGGUGUGGAACCCAUGGAGUGUGCGAUUUGCCUACUUACUUUGGAACCAUGUCAAGCUAUUUUUACUAGUCCUUGCUCCCAUUCAUGGCAUUAUAAAUGCAUUAGGCGGAUGAUUGUUACAAGUUACCCUCAGUUCAUGUGUCCCAACUGUAGAUCGGUAUGCGAUCUUGAAGCUGAAGCUGAAGAGGCUGAAAAUGACAGUGAUCUACCAGAUUUAGAUAAUAAGGAUGACAAUUAG